CUCGUCUAGAGGGUUUGCUCUUUGGUGGAAAUCGGGUAUUGAUAUUGAGGUUUUAGAUUGUAAUAGCUAUUUUAUGGAUGUUAGCAUUGACAUGGGUAGGAAGUUUUUUUGUACCUUUGUGCAUGCCCCUUCUACAUCUGUUAGAAGAAGGGAGUUUUGGGAGCUAUUAAGCUCUCUUAGGGAUAGUAGGGAUGACAAGUGGAUUGUUGUAGGUGACUUUAAUGCUGCUUUGUAUGAUUAUGAAAAAGAGGGGAGAUGCCCCCUUAGGUACGAGAAUGUUGAACCUUUCAAGAGGUUCAUCUACCACAACGCCCUAAUCGACAUUGGCUUCAAAGGAGAACCGUUCACGUGGUCCAACAAGAGAACGGGUCAAAACACGGUCAGAGUUAGAUUGGACAGGGUGUUGUGUUCCAAUUCCUGGAGAGAGCAAUUUGGGGAAGUAGUGGUUUUUCAUGAGAAAAUGGUGGAGUCAGAUCACUGCCCUAUCAGACUUGACCUACACUUUGGAGGCAACAGAAGGAGAAGGACACCUUUCAGAGUAGACGAGAGGUGGCUAGAGAAGGAGGAAUGUCGAGGGAUCAUAGCGAGAGAAUGGGAUCCAGGGGGGCCAUCUUCGGCACAUUUGAACAAAUGCGAGAGGGAACUCAGAGCAUGGUCAAAGGAGUUCCAUAAAACCAACUCGCAAAGAGAGACGGAUAUCUUGAACAGAUUGGAGGUCCUACAACAACCUCCGAGAGAUCAAGAUAAUGUGGAGGAAGAAAAGAGAAUCACAGCGGAGCUGGCUAGAUUGUGGAUUGAGGAGGAAGCUUUCUGGAAGCAGUGUUCGAGAGUGAGUUGGCUCCAAUCAGGUGAUCUGAAUACAUCAUUUUUCCAUUCUAGUACAACGCAUAGAAGACACAGGAACAGAAUCCUUCGGCUCAAAGACGAGAUGGGAAACUGGGUGGAGGAUGAAGGAAGAUUGAAAGGAAUAGCAGGGAAUUUCUAUAAGGAGCUUUUCAAGGCGAGAGAACUGCCUCCUACCAACCAUCUUCUGAGUGAAUUCCCAAGAAAGGUAACCAGUGAAAUGAACGAGGAUUUGUGUGCACCGGUUAAUAAUGAGGAAAUCAGGAAAGCGGUGUUCUCCCUUGGAGCAAAAAAAUCUUCGGGCCCAGAUGGCUUCUCGGGUCAAUUCUAUAGGAGAUUUUGGAGUACUAUUGGAGAAACCUUGUGUCGUGAGAUUAAAGAGUUUUUUGAGACGGCUAGCAUGCCGGAUGGGUGGAAUGAUACUCACAUUGUUAUGAUCCCAAAGGUAGAUCACCCGGAAGAGAUUGGCCAAUUUCGCCCUAUCAGUUGCUGCAAUUUCAGAUACAAGAUCAUAUCUAAAAUUAUGGCCACUCGACUGAAGAAAUGGACUCCCGAGCUUGUUUCUGAGCUCCAAACUGCUUUCACUGGUGGGCGAUUGAUACAAGAUAAUGUUAUCAUCGUCCAUGAAGCUCUUCACCAUUUCAAGAAUCACAAAAAGGGGAGGAGGAAGGAUAUGAUGCUCAAGCUAGAUAUGAGAAAGGCUUACGAUUUGGUUGAGUGGGAUGGCUUGGAAACUCUGCUUAGCAAGUAUGGGUUUGAGGACCGAUGGUGCAAAUGGGUCAGUGCGUGUAUCAGAUCGGUAAAGUUUUCCAUCCUCUUCAAUGGAGAAGCUUCAGAGCCUUUUGCCCCAACAAGGGGUAUCCGACAGGGAGAUCCUCUAUCCCCUUUUCUCUUUAUUUUAAUGUCGAAUGCUUUAUCCUUUCUUACUGAGAAAGCGGUGUUGGAGGGUAAGAUCCAAGGUGUAAAACUGAAUUCAAGAUGCCCGGUCCUCACUCACUGUCUGUUUGCGGAUGAUACAGUUAUCUUCGGAAAAGCUAAUCACCAGGAGGCCGGACGGAUCUUGGAGAUUAUCAAGGACUAUGGUGCUAUCACAGGACAAGAAGUUAACUUACAUAAAUCCUCGGUUUUCUUCAGUGCGAAUGUGACGGAUAGGGAGAAGGAGGAUAUCAUUGCCCAAAUAGGGUUUGCCAGCUCUAAUUGCCACUCAAAGUAUCUGGGGGUUCCUACGGAAUGGGGUAACUCGAAGAAAGAGACCUUCUCUUUCCUCAUCCAAAGAAUGGAAAAGAUGGGAGAAGUUUGGAAGAGCCUACUCCUAUCCCAUGGAGGGAAAGAAGUUCUCCUGAAAGCAGUUAUCCAGGCCAUUCCUACAUAUAUCAUGUGCCUUUUCCUCCUUCCAGUUGCACUCACCAAGAAGAUGGACACGAUUCUUAGCAACUUCUUCUGGUCAGGAUCAAUGCAGAAAAGCAGUAUGCACUGGUGCAAAAGAGAGAUCUUGUGCUCCUCGAAGACGGAAGGAGGGCUUGGCUUCAGAAGUUUCAAAGACUUCAACUUGGCACUCCUGGCAAAACAAGCAUGGAGACUCCUCUCCUCACCGGAUGCACUCUGGAGCCGUCUGCUAAGAGGACUGUACUUCCCAAGGGGAAACUUCCUUUCGGCAAAGAAGGGCAGUAGAGCAUCCUGGAUAUGGGCGAGCCUAUGGGAGGCCAAAAAAGUUAUUGAGAUGGGAACGGUAAAAGUCAUUGGAUCAGGUGAGGAAACAUGGGUGGAUAAGGAUCCGUGGGUCCCUACCCUUCAGAAGGGGACUAUUGGAAGCGGCCCUCAGAACCACAUCAGAGUCAAGGAGUGGAUUGAACCGGGAGAAAGGAUCUGGAACUCAAACCUCAUUCAGGGAAACGUGACGGAGGAUGAAUUGGAAGCUAUUUUGAGAAUCCCUAUUGGGGAAGAGGAUUCGGAGGACUUUUGGGCUUGGAAAUUUAAUAAUAAGGGCAAUUUCACUGUCAAAUCAGCGUAUCACGCGAUCCAUGAGACCAACACCAUCACUGCGCCGCCAGGGAAUUCUGAUAAGUGGAAAUGGAUUUGGUCUCUACAGCUGCCCCCGAAACUCAUUUUCUUCAUUUGGAGAUGUGCAAAGAAUGGGAUUGCCACGAAAGAGAGGUUGAGGCAUCGUAAAUGCUCUCCGGAUGCGACAUGCCCGGUUUGCCAGAAUCAACUUGAAUCCAUCGUCCACUGCAUGUUUGAGUGCCAGCAUGCGUUAUCUUCGUGGAACAACAUUUUCCCAUCUCUUCCACUUCCACCUCAAUCCACCACCUUCUUUGAUUGGUUCUGCUUAUUGAAAGACAAUGUGCAGCCCAAUAGUCUCAUCUUGAUUGUCUACCUCUGCUGGAAUAUCUGGAAAGCAAGGAAUGAGCGUGCCUUCAAGAAUCGUAUCCCGUGGCCCCCAAAUACCUGUAGGCAGACCGUCAGGGAAUUCACCGAAUGGACAUCGUGCCCGAGACUAUCCCAGCCUCAUGUCCAAACAUCUUCUGUUCAGCUCAGGGAUAACCUACCUCAUCCUUCUCCACCGCCAAGCAAUCACCACAUGGUGAUUCACUGUGAUGGGUCGUUCAUAAGCGACUCCCAGCCGGCGGCUUAUGGUGUUGUUGUUAUUAACCACCAUGGACAAGUAUGCGAUGGGCGAGCUGACAUUUUACUUUGUUCCACCCCGUUUGAAGCUGAAGCGAAGGCGCUUUUGGAAGGUCUCAAAUUAGCCCAAGAAUAUGGAGGAGAAUGUAUUGUCCAAUCAGACUGUCUUAAUCUUGUUCAAGCUCUCAGACAGGACAAAGCGAGAUGGCCAUGGAGGGGAGCGGCAUGGAUGGGAUCCAUGAAAUCGAUCCUUCAGGCCUCAAAUCGCAUUGAGGUCAGGUUUGUUCAUAGAAAGUUUAAUGCUAGAGCUGAUUGGGUGGCCAGGUCUUUUGCAAGAAAUUCACUCCCAGAUGACUGGAUUAGUAUUCUUGAUCUAAUUUCCGAUUUCCUUUAGCCUUGUAACCGCCGUUUUUGGUCUCACCAGAGUGGAAUAAAGUUCAUCUUUGGUCAAAAAAGGAAGGGAAAUGAAUAUUGUCGAAGAGGAGGAAGGAGAGAAGCUGGGAAAGUUUCGCAGAGUGGAUUUUUUCUUCUUUUUUGCAGAGUUUUUGUUGUCAGUGUGGAAGAAUGAAAAGAGGAAGAAGAAGCUCCUGUUUUAUAGGAGAAGAGUUCAGUGUUGGAAAAUUUUGAUGGGCUAGAAGGGAUAUAGGUUGGUGCUGUAUUUUUGUGAUUGGCUGUUGAGUGGGCUGGGCCUGGUCCGGUUCGACCAGUCUGGUUCGGCCGAGACUGGGCUUGAUUCGAGUUUGAGCCCAAGUUGACUGAAGUUUGGGCUUGGUUGACCAGCCUUGAAUCAAGGUUGACCUGAGUAGACCUGGACUUGGAUUUUGACCUGAGUUAACCUAAGCUUGGGCUUUGACUUUGUCUCUUUUAUUAUUUGUAAAUGAAAGUGUAAUAGUUAUUUAGAUUACUAGGUAACAAUGUUGUAUUUGUAGUUUUGUAAUUUUAUUUAGUAAUGUGUUUGUAAAUUGUAAUUUAUUUUAAUAAGACCAUUAUUUAUUUCCUUAUCUUUAAUUGUUCCCGAGGUUAAGUCCCAAAUCCACUAAUCAAUUUUUUGGCAAAUAAAGUUAGCUAUUGCUAAACUUGUUUAAUCGCCCAAAUUUUAACAACUCGACCCAUGUCCAAAACAACUCUGACGUCUCGGCAUCCUUGGAUUUGCUAUUGCUUAAUAUUUAUAAGCCAUGACAAGUGUACUCGUACUAAAUGUUAAUCAUAUAGAGAGAUGUUUACGAGUGACUAAAGAUUGGAUUGGAUACAGUCUGGUCUUGAUCCGGUCGGGUCUUGAUUCGGUCGGGUACCAAUUCGGUCUUGAUUUUAUAUUAAACUUGUGGGGAUUUGAGUGGCCUAAGGCCUGAAAGUGUAAGGAGUUGGUUAAGUUUUGUAUUAAGUGCAAAGGUUUGUGACCGUUUAUGCAAAUUACCCUUAAGUUUUGGGUGUUAAGCUCUCCUAUCCGGUCUUUAUCCAGUUUUCGACCCGAUCCCGAACGGUUUUUUUACCUCAAAUCUAAGCCCAAAGAUUGGAUUGGAUUGUUUACUAUUCGGUACCGGUCCGGGUUAUACGGUUCGGUUUCAGGUAAAACCAAAAAACCCGGACCAAAUAGGGCUACUUGCGGGGAAUUUCAAAAUUUUAGUAUUUUAACUAAGAAUAGAGUUACAAAAUUAUUAAAGAUAACAUAAAAAUGUCUAAUAUUUUGGUGCAUUACGAAAUAUUUGGUUAAUUAAUAGCAUUUUAAUAGGUUUGGAUAAUAUAAAAAAAUUUGAAAAAAGUUUGGAUAAAAAUAGACUAUACCCGUUUCUUUAAUAACAUAUGUAUUUUGGGAUUUUUUUUAUGGUUAAUCAAAAAAUUGCAUUAAGCUCUAGAGAUGCAACUGCAAACCUCCUUUCUCUCGGUUACAUUUUUGUAUUUGACUACCAGCAAUAAUUUAUACUUCUAUACUCAACAAAAGUCUAAACUUACUCUAUACUAGUCCUUGUAGGAUCUGGUCAUUCUGAACAAAAAUUGCAACAUCUUCUUUAAUCUGCUUUACCAUUUGAUCAGGCUGGCAUAUCCUCUUCAUCCCAUACAUCCUGGAACAACGUUCCUUCCAUACACUACUCAUCGUCAUCCUCCAUAACAAUCUACCAAGCUUCGCUGUUGUUGUAUCUCCUCUCCAUUCUCGAAUAACCCACUACAUGUGCUCCUGCCAACUUAUAGUAACUUGAAUGUAACUUAUCUUCUAGAAUACAGCCCUCAGAACAUAACUCCCAUAAGGGCAAAGAGCAAACAAAUGAUUACGAGCCUCUACCACACCUGGGCAUAGUAAACAGAUUUGAUCAAC